AUGGUGUGGUUCCAAUGCGAGGACUGUGGCGAGAACCUCAAGAAGCCCAAGCUCGCCGGCCACUUCCGCUGCUGCUCCGCGUACAAGCUGUCAUGCAUCGAUUGCGGCGAGUUCUUCAGCCAGGAAACCGUGCAGGGGCACACCCAGUGCAUCUCCGAGGCCGAGAAGUAUGGCCCUAAGGGACAGAACAAGCCAUCCAAUGGUGUACAGGGUAAGGCAGAUAAGCCAAAGCCAAAUGCAGAUGUUGAUAUCAAUGUUGGGCUGUCGACAUGGCCUCCUUGGUUCUGUAGCCUAUGCAAGACCACUACCACAAGCAAGCAAACUCUCUUACUGCAUGCUGAUGGGAAGAAGCAUAGGGCAAAGGCGAAGGCCUUCCAUGCUUCUCAGAAACAAAAAGAUGGUGCAGAACAAACUCCAGAUGUGAAGGAAGCUGGAGCUGUACCCGCAAAAGAAUCUGCUCAAGUAAAUGGUGGUGUGAGUGGUGAUCGUGGAAAAGAAGAAGAUAAAGAUGCUGGGAAAAGAAAACGAAUGGAUGACAUGACCAUAGAGGAGCCAGAUAACACAAAAAGACAGUAUUUAACAAGUUCGAGCGUUGGAGAGUUGACGCAGUCUAGCGAUGUGAAGUCAGAAAACAAAGCGAAGAGUAAGGCAGAUGAACUAGCAAGUGGUGCCAACUGCAAAAGUGUUGAAAGACAAAAGAUCAAAUGGAAGAAGAUUAUUACCAAAACACUGAAGACGAUAGCUUCAAGCUCCAGAUUUUCUGUUGAUGGCAAGCAUGUUAGACUGGUGGCCAAGAAUGAAGAAGAAUCUUAG